ACUGGCGCACCAACGGACAACGCCCCACGAUGGCGUCAUUUAUGAGUGUCACGCGUUGGGUGGUACCAGUAGUAGUAGCACCAAGAACAAAAACGUUACCGUUUGCGCAUUUCAUGCUCACAAGGACAUUUGGGAUGCGUAUCGCGAGAUUUUACGCGACGGACGAAGGAUCGAUAAGAUGGAUCCGGCUCUUUUAUUGUGUCCAGCGUUCAAUCUAACAUUUACCAUUGUCACGCGACUGAACAACACGUAUACCAAACGGUUACCUUAUCCACCACCCAGAUGUUAUUGCAACAAGCCGGUCCUAUUGGAUUUGCGUUCCAUCAAGUACAACCAUCGAUCCUACUUUGUCUGUUCAGAUUAUGAUCACAUUGAUGCGCCUCUUCGAUGUGGUUUCUUCGCUUGGGCGGAUCAAGUACGCUGCAGAAUACCGGACACGCUGCCUCACUCUCAUUCUUCAUUGGCGCAACCAUCAUCACCACCAUCGUCGUCGUCGUCUUCCUGGCAACAUCAUCAACAGAUAUUAUCACCCUCUUCUCCUGUUCCACCUCCAUGGUCACCUUUAUUAUCCUCUACUUCCUAUUCAUCAACAUCCGUUUCUGAUCACGACCAUCAACAGCAAUCACAACAACAAUCAAAACCAUAUUUCUCAGCCGACAUGCCCCCCUUUCUUCCGUCUUCACGCGAAUCCAUACCCUCAACGCCCAGCACCACGUCCGCACGCACUUUCCCCAUCAAUUACGACGAAGACGCGAGCAUCUACACCCCACGAACCUCCAAAAUCGACAACCCAAUAUACGCACUGGCAUCAUCAGGAAGAAGCGGCGCCAAAGCUGAAGAAGGUAAAGACUGUUCUACUGGAGCGAGCGACGAAUUCGUUCGGUUACUACAAGGUGCCAAGAUGCCCUUGUGGCAUACGUCCACCAAAGAACAGGGUGAUCCGAAUGAUUUGCGCAGCGGUACAUCAUUGCUCGAUGCUUUAAACGGCGUAAAAGCCGGCGGUGGCGGUAACGAUAACGAAAGCACAUCGGCAUCAUCCUCACUACCCGGAUCACCUCAGCAACGCGAAACAACGGCACUUCGAGGCGUCUACGGACUACUUAUACCCGGCUCGGUGUACAUGCGCCAAGCCAUCAAGAAGAAGAAUACGGACAUAGCGCGGGCCAAGGAGAAGCAAAUGACAGAGGAAAAGCUAGAGGAGCUGAGACAACAAAUUGCAAGCAUGGAAGAAACGAUCCGAGACUUGGAGGCCGAGAAUCAAAAAGAACGGGCAGCGAAGCAGGUCAAAGAGGAGGAGUUGUCCGACCUUAUUAACAAACAAGAGAAGCAUGCGGUCGAUGCGCAGGAACUGAUUCAAAAAGCAGAAAAGCUGUUGGCGGACAAGGAGGAGAUUACGGCUUCAAUGCAACAGGUGCAGGAGAUUUUGGCGGAAGAGACCAUGUUGCGUGAAAAGAGUCAACGACGCAGGAUCAAGUUGGAGAUGAUACUCUAUGAUAUACUGGCAAUGAACGAGUCGCUGAAACAAGAGAUGGCUGAAAAGGAAGAAAAGCUCAGUAUGAAGGAUCUCAAGUGUCGUGUUUGCUUUCAGGAAAAUAUCGAGUUUGCUUUGGUGCCUUGCUAUCACUGCUGUAAGUGAACAGUUUUCUUUUGUUUUCUCGGAGUGGGGUAAGGAGGAUGUGCUUGCAUUUCCAGGGCAAGGAUGGGGGAAAAGAUGUGAAGCUAAUGCUUUUUGAACAUUUUUUAUACAGCUUAUUGUAAAGCAUGCGCUGAAAAGCUGUCAGAAUGCGCCAUUUGCAGAACAACUAAAUUUGCAAUCCAAAAAGUUUAUGUGAGCUAAUUGGAUGGUACGUGGGUUUUCUGUUAUGCUUUGGAGA